AUGGAGAAGAAAGUGAUAAAGAUAAUGAGAAAUGAUGGAGAAGUAGUUGAAUACAGAGGACCCAUGAAGGUUCAUGACAUCCUCACCCAAGUCUCUGGUCACUACUCUCUCUUUGAUUCUUUGUCAAACAACUGUCAUCUUCAUCCGCAAGCCAAGCUCCUCUGUGGCCGUCUCUACUAUCUCAUACCGAAGCAGACGAGCACAGUAAAGCACAAGAAAACGAAGAAAGUCAGGUUUGCAAAUCCAGAGGUUGAAAAAGAAGAAGAUACUAAGGAGAAGAGUCCUAGUGUUGUGAGAGUGAAGAUGGUUGUGAGUAAGCAAGAGCUCGAGAAGCUGAUUCAAGGAGGUUCAGUUCAAGAAAUGGUCUAUAGGAGUCUUGAUAAGCAACAUCUGUGUCAUGAUGCUGCUGCUGCUGAGUGUCUUAGAGGCUGGAGACCUUUGUUAGAUAGCAUUCCAGAAUCAGAUUAG